AUGUCUUCGGCACAUACAGAUGUCGGGCCAACACCAACGACCAGCACAACAAGCGAUCUAGCUGUGUCUGACGCAACUCUGUCAGCGAAUGCACAAUGGCAACCGCUGCCCAAGAUCCACUACGGCUUUGCUAUCUCAACAUUCUCUCCGGAGGCUGAGAUACUGCACCAGGCAGCUCGAACCCUCGAUGAGACCUCGGUGGCAGCACUCCGAUCCCACCUUGUGACGCUGGAGGUAGGAGACGAGGUAUACGUCUUCGAACAAUUGGGCCAGGACAAGCCACAAUGGUACCGAGGCUUCAUUGUAUCCACACUGGGGAGUGCAGCAUUGGCCUCCACUGCUUUAGUCAACAGAUCGGAAGCAAGAUCUUCCAUGGACAGUCCCGCCUCUGCCGGUCUGCUACCCUCAGAGCGAGAAGGCCUCGUCGAGGAGCCCCAAGUAUUCGUCGGUAUGUUCCCAGCAGGACACAUAUACAUCAAAGAGCUUCUCGAGGAUGCUGAAAAUAAGCUGGGUGGCAUAUACGCGCAUGCUAGAGCAUUGCAGCAGCACAGCACAACGCAGCAGCAGUCAUCUCGCGCAAGCUCAAUCUCAAAGUCGCAGAUGGAAACGCUGCCCGAGGAGGACGAGAGCCCGAGCUUUCCCAACAGCCCUAGAGAUGCAGAGCUCGCCCAGAUGCAAGCCCUCGCCGAACCCCUGUCAACGUAUGCUGAGAUUGACCACGAGAUAGACUCUCGGCCCGCACCUCCGCUACCCUCCUUGAAAUGCAGCGAUGAGACGAUCAGCGGAGCUGAGGAACCUCUUGUGGAUGAGAUUGCAUGUGCCUUGCGAGAGUGGGGCAGCUUGGCGUACACCUAUCUCGUUGAGCGUAACUACAAUUUGUUCAACACAGUGCGGAGACAUAUCGAGGCGUUGCACGCAGCGCGACGUCAGCUCUUGGCGCAUAAUCUCAGUGAAGAAGAGACUGUCAAGCUGCGGCGGGAAUGUGUGGCUCGUCUCGUCAAGGGCAACAUAGCGCAAGGGCUGGAGGUCAUUGUCCGGCAUCCAGACAAAGGAGGUCUGGUAGACAUAGAUGUCAGUGGUGCAACUGUGGACCUGGACAAUUGGAUCAGCGGUGUGCGCCUCUACGCUCUACAAGUCGCUCUGGCGUACGUAGAUCGGCAUCUUCAAGACGCGAGCGCUGGAGACCCCCAGGGACACGUCUUGCUCAGCGGUCUAUCAGGAACGCUGCUCAAUACGCCUCGGAUCGUAGCGGAAACCGCACCUGGCAAGACUGAACCAUCCUCCAGCAGGCCGGCAACUGCCAGUGAAUUCUUGUCGGCUUCCUCAUCUGAGGGCACCACGUCACCAACAUCAAGCAUCAAAUACUAUCACGUCUUCCUCGAAGUCCGCGCCUUUGUUGCUAGUCCAUGCGCUGCUGGAGAGACGGCUGAACUCUAUUUUGCUCUGUACAGCAGGGGUGAAGCUCGAUUUCUCACAGAAGAGUAUUGUAUCGUACUCAACCACCAUGGGGUGCCUGCUGGGCAGGCAGAGGAUCGCAGGGGUAAGAUGUGCACUCUGUUCACAGAGCUCAGUGCUGCAGAUCUACAGGACCUCGACGUUGUCUGCAGGAUCGUUCGAAAUGGGUCCAUGAAAGUGAGCUCUGGUUCUGCGGAAUCUCGCUCGUUGAACACUCUCAGCGCGCCUGAUGAGGUACAUGAUCAGGAAGUGGCGGAUCAACUGAUCGCUUCGACUCAACCUCAGCAGGCCGCAUUGGUGGGCACGCCAGGGUUCCGCAAAGACCGCAUGGUUGGCGACCGGUCAUUCCGACGACCCUUCGGCUGCGCAGUGCUCUCGCUUGGCUCGCAUCACCAUUUCGACACGGCUUACACGUCAUCUUCAGCGAGGAAAGAGCAUGUGAUGCCCAUAUUCAUACCUGUCAAGGAAGCUGCCUUCAGCACACUCCAUCAGGACAUCAUCGCUUCGAGAGUGGGAGAGUUUGAGAAGUCGACAAGGGCUGAGAUGAUCGCCGUCGAUGUCAAAGUCUUCCAUGGACAAUCAGAUACACUCGUGAUGGAGAAUCCCUCUAUCCUGUCGAGUGCAGCUCUAACGGCUCGAUUGGGCUUCCCGGACGUAGUCUUUCCAGGCGAUGAGCGUAAUGAAGCAUACAUAAAGCUGUGGUCCGGCGAGUUUUUCCCCUCCGCGGGGAAGAUGUCGACCAAUUCCUCUGCGCGUAAUAUACAAGUCUCGAUAGAAGUGAGAACCCGGGACGGUCAAGUGCUAGAGAAUGUGAUCUCCCGCGGUGCUGGAGAACCACCGGUGACCCAGUUCGACAGCAUCACUUUUCAUCGUCAGAAUGCUCCAACUUGGGGGGAGCUGAUUAAGCUGCGGCUGCCCAAGGAUCUUACCCACGAAUGCCACCUUUUCCUGUCCUUUCGACAUCGCAGCUCGAAAGAAGAUCGUUCGACACCAUCAUCAGCGACGUUUCAGGCCAAUCCGAGCACUGCCGCCACGUCCAAGCGGGUCGAGCCCACAGCUCCUGUCAGUGUGCCCUUCGCUCAUGCCUACCUCCCUCUUUACGACACCAACUCUGCUUUCCUGCAGGAUGGUCCGCAUACUUUGCUGAUUUGGAAGCCGAUCCGUCCAGCUCACCAAUUGAGCCCAGAGGUCUACUUUUCGUUGCCGGCGACAGUCCCAUCUCCGAGUCAUGGUGGAGCCCUGACCGAGGGUCUCGCAGCCGGUCUGCCGGGCUUGCUUCAGCUCCUGCCCGACACUGUCACCCUUCGAACAUUCCUUGUAUCGACUCGAUUCACCCAGAACGAGACAUUGCUCCGACUGCUGCAUUGGGAAAGACAGCUGGGUGCGUCAAGCAAUUUCGAAGAGCUCAGGACCGUUUUGACGCAAUUCACUUUCGUCGGGGAAGUCGAGGUAGUCAAGUUCUUGAGCGACAUCUUCGACGCUCUCUUUGCUAUCGUCAUGCAUCCCAAGAACAGCGACGGAGGAUUGGAUGAUCUGGUCUCGAAAGCUCUGGUGACCGUUUUGAGUAUUGUACAAGAUCGUAGGUUCAACAACUUUCGAGCGACCCUUGACGCCUAUAUAGACAAGCACUUCUCUUUUCAAGCAGCUCACUCUCGACUGAUGGACUCCAUGGCGCGUCUCUUGGCAGACCCAGGGCGCAGCGAUGCAUCCAAAGACCUUCGCGCUUCGAUCAAAGUCUGGCCAUACCUCUUCCGUUUCAUCAUCAAGGGCAGGGAAAACCAACGCAGAGCAAAUGACGAAGGCAACGCCGUGGGCGGGGGGGCUGUUGACGAUCAUCUCGAGACCAAGUUCCGGAGCGACCUCGAUGCGAUUCUACGGUCCAUCAAUCGGCUCAUGGCUGCAACCAGUCCGCCCUCCAUUGUUGGAACACAAGCACUUGCAUUGCAGCACUUCGCCGGCGUUUUGCCCCACUUGGCAAAAGUCUUCACCCUCACAGACCUUGUCAGCUAUGAGUGCAGCUUUGCUGACAGCCUAUUUGUCACGAAAGGACGAAUGGUCAUCUGGAAGCUCCUUCACAUUAUACAGGUCGUUGACGGUCCGCUCUUUGAUCACGACGCCUCUAGAGCUGAGCUCGUGCCCAGCGUUGUGAGGUCGAUUCGGCCUCACUUGGGUCCGUUCGACGAUGCAAACGCUGCCAGUGUUGCUGCUACACCCUCAAAGGCAAGCCAGGACGGUGCGAAGGACACAGCUCGGAUUACAUGGAUCGAGUCUGCCCGGCUGGCCUUGACCGUUCUUGCGGUCGUACUGGACCGCGUUCAAACGAGUAUCGCGGAUCUCAAGAAAGUCAAGACGACCGGCGCGCAGCUGAGGAUAGAGCAAGACAGUGUGGACUACGUCCUUCCUUUGCUGCCACGUAUCCUCGAGACCUAUCGAGAGCUUGAGAGCGAGGAAUGCAUCGGAGCAUUGGAGAGGCAUCGAUCCCCUUCGACCAUUGCUUCUGAGGUGCCAGUGAUCUUUCCUUCUGCUUAUCCUUUCCCCCUUAUCUCUCAAUGGCCGGAUGAGCAACAGUCGAAGACGUCAGGUGUGCAUCAUUCUGACCAGCGACGUGGCAAGCAGACGAGACUGAACUUCCUGCAUUGUGGCCUCGGAGAAAGCGCAACAGUGCUCAUCAUGUUGAUCAUGCUCUCGCCGCGUAAACAUCUCGCAGAGUUUCUGGACGAGCAGAGUGAUCUAGGAGGGCCCGAUCAAUUGAGCCCUUUCUUGACGAGCUUCUGUGCAGUUGCCACUUCUAUCCUGCGCAACGAUGCGUUCCCUGCUGCUUGGCUCAACAUCAACAUUUUGGCUCAUCAGAUGGUGCUCAAGAUGGCCGAUCCGCUUUCUGCGCUAUUGGUCAGGGACUUCAUCCCGACAAGAGAAGACCCAGGCGCUUUCGACAAGAUCCUCUGGCACGACUGCCUGAACAUGUUCUUGGCACUACUUUCGAGCGAACAGCUUGUGGUUGAGCAGUUCAAGCCUCAACGACGACGCGCGGUAUGGCGUCUUGCAGGCGACAUUCGUGGGGAAGGUGCUCAGAUCUUUGCCAAACUUUGGAAUUCGAUAGGCCAGCCGGAUAGAAGCCCCAGUGCAGAAGCCCGAGAAGAGGGUGCUGCAAUGCUUAACACUGGUGGAUUUCAAGUCCAUUUCGUUCCCGACUUGGUCGAGCCUGUCCUUCAGCUCUGUCUGUCUCAUCAUGACGAAUUGCGCACCUGUGCUGUACGGGUUUUGGCUACGAUGAUCACAACAGAGUGGCAUCUGAGCGGCUCUUUCGCUACCAUUGAGGGCGAGAUCAUUGAUAAGCUCGAUGCUCUGUUCAGAUGUAGAUCAAAGGGGGACGAGAUCUCGAGGGUCUUCUUCAUCGGACAACUUCGCUCCUUUUUCGAUAAUCCCGAUACGGAUCAGGCGCUUCAGGAACAGAUCUCGACUUGUCUGAUUUCCGUCAAUCGGUUUUUGGACCUGCUUUUGAACGUUCGCUCCCUUCCGCCGGCGGAAGGCUUCGACGACGAUCGUGUUGCUGGCACCCUCAAGCUGCUGGGCUUCCUUCGUCAGGCAAAUCGAGUGACCGCCUUCUCGGCGCACGUCUUGCGACUGGUCAAUGUCCACCUCAACAGCCACAGCUACAUUGAGGCAGCGCUGACUCUGAAGUUGCAUGCCGAUCUCCUGACUUGGGAGCCGCACACCUUUAUGGACCCACUUCCUGAGUUGUCACUGCCCCGACAGACCAACUUUGCAAGGAAGGAAAAGCUGUAUAUGCUUAUUCUCGACUACCUUAGCAUGGGAGAAGCCUGGGAGAUCGCAGUCGACAUUUGCAGAGAAUUCGCCCAACAGUAUGAGUACGUCGCCGUUGACUAUGUACGCCUAUCAGAGAUCCUCGCUUAUCAAGCCGGUCUCUUCGGCAACAUCGCAACUCAAGAGCGUACCUUCCCUAGCUACUUCCGGAUAGCUUUCUGGGGCUCAGGCUGGCCUGAGCUUCUGCAACAGAAGAUGUUCAUCUACCGUGGGCUAGAUUGGGAGAAGCUCUCUACCUUUGCAGAACGGCUGCAGCAGAAACAUCCUGCGGCGAUCUUGCUCAAGACCAGCGCUGACGUCGGAGACGAUGUCAAGUAUUCUGAGGCACAAUACCUGCAGGUGACGGCUGUGCAGCCCGAGCCAGAUCGGAACAGGGAUGCCUUCACGAAUGCAGAGGUGCCGCACUGCGUGAGAAGCUACUACGAGCACAACGCCACCAACCUUUUCUCCUUUACGCGGCCGCUGCGACCUGAAGACGGGAGACGAGACCCAUCGCUCUCUUCUUCUCCACGUAAGUCGCUCCUAGCAGAAGUCUGGGUCGAAAAGACAUUCUUGCGAUGCGAAGAUGCAUUCCCGACAGUCUUGCGGAGAAGCGAGGUCGUUGACGUGCAUGUCACCGAGAUCUCCCCUAUUCAACAUGCCCUGGAUGACGUCGAAGCCAAGACUGUGGAGCUGGUCGGGCUAGAGAAGAGGUGCGCAAAGGCAAGCCAAGGAGGCGCUAAAGUUGACACGAACCGAUUGGCAAUGACCCUCAAUGGCGCCGUCGAUGCGCCACUCAACGGAGGAAUUCCACUCUAUCGUCGAACCUUCCUCGACGAAAGUGAAGGCAUACCUCCUCAAGAUGCAGACCUCGCAGAGCGACUACGCCGAGCCAUCGAUCAGCAUGCCAGCACACUCUGCCGAUGCCUCAAAAUCCACGCCCGCCUGUGUGCGCCUGAGAUGAAGCCCUUCCAUGAUGCACUGGAGGGCUUCUUUGCCAAGAAUUUUGCCGAGGAGAUCCAAAGGUUGAAUCUUACCCUAGAAGAGAUCGAUGACGCUGGG